CCCCCCAAGCUAUUGCUCUCGCAGGAAAACUCCUGCCCCUUGAUGGAGUGGGCUCCAGGUCUCCGUGCCUGUGACUCCACUGCAGCCCAUUCUCCCCUCCCCUCUGCCCUCAGCAGCGCGCCUCCCUCAUACACUUCUCUUCCCCCAGCCAUGUCGGACUUCCACGUGCAUCCCCAGGCCACCGUGGGUGAGGAGGGUGGCGUGGCCCGCUUCCAGUGCCAAAUCCAUGGGCUUCCCAAACCUCUGAUCACGUGGGAGAAGAACAGAGUCCCGGUUGACACGGACAAUGAGAGGUACACAUUGCUGCCCAAGGGGGUCCUGCAGAUCACAGGACUUCGAGCUGAGGACAGUGGCAUUUUCCACUGCGUGGCCUCAAACAUCGCCAGUAUCCGGAUCAGCCACGGGGCCAGGCUCACCGUGUCAGGCUCGGGCUCUGGGGCCUACAAGGAGCCGGCCAUCCUCGUGGGGCCUGAGAACCUCACCCUGACGGUGCACCAGACCGCGGUGCUUGAGUGUGUCGCCACGGGCAACCCGCGCCCCAUUGUGUCCUGGAGCCGCCUGGAUGGCCGCCCUAUUGGGGUGGAGGGCAUCCAGGUGCUGGGCACGGGAAACCUCAUCAUCUCAGACGUGACGGUCCAGCACUCCGGCGUCUACGUCUGUGCGGCCAACAGACCUGGCACCCGGGUGAGGAGAACAGCACAGGGCCGGCUGGUGGUACAAGCCCCAGCUGAGUUUGUGCAGCAUCCCCAGUCCAUCUCCAGGCCAGCUGGGACCACAGCCAUGUUCACCUGCCAAGCCCAGGGUGAGCCGCCGCCUCACGUCACAUGGCUGAAGAAUGGACAGGUGCUGGGGCCGGGAGGCCACGUCAGGCUCAAGAACAACAACAGCACACUGACCAUUUCUGGAAUCGGUCCUGAAGAUGAGGCUAUCUACCAGUGUGUGGCUGAGAAUAGUGCGGGCUCAUCACAGGCCAGUGCCAGGCUGACCGUACUGUGGGCUGAGGGGCUCCCUGGGCCUCCCCGCAAUGUGCAGGCGGUCUCUGUGUCUUCCACUGAGGUGCGUGUGUCCUGGAGUGAGCCGCUGGCCAACACCAAGGAGAUCAUCGGCUACGUCCUGCACAUCAGGAAGGCUGCUGACCCACCGGAGCUGGAGUAUCAGGAAGCAGUCAGCAAGAGCACCUUUCAGCACCUGGUCAGCGACCUGGAGCCCUCCACAGCCUACAGUUUCUACAUCAAGGCCUACACACCAAGGGGGGCCAGCUCAGCCUCUGUGCCCACCCUAGCCAGCACCCUGGGUGAAGCCCCUGCCCCACCCCCACUGUCAGUGCGAGUCCUGGGCAGCUCCUCCCUGCAGCUGCUGUGGGAGCCUUGGCCCCGGCUGGCCCAGCACGAGGGCGGCUUCAAGCUGUUUUACCGCCCAGCAAGCAAGACCUCCUUCACCGGCCCCAUCCUGCUGCCUGGAACGGUCUCCUCCUACAACCUCAGCCAGCUCGACCCCACUGCAGUGUACGAGGUGAAGCUGCUUGCCUACAACCAGCAUGGAGACGGCAACGCCACAGUCCGCUUUGUGUCUUUGAGGGGAGCAUCUGAGAGGACAGCCUUGAGCCCACCAUGUGACUGCCGGAAGGAGGAGGCCGCCAACCAGACGUCCACUACAGGCAUCGUCAUCGGCAUCCACAUCGGGGUCACCUGCAUCAUCUUCUGUGUCCUCUUCCUCCUGUUCGGCCAAAGGGGCAGGGUCCUCUUGUGUAAGGAUGUGGAAAACCAGCUGUCCCCUCCUCAGGGUCCCCGGAGCCAAAGGGACCCUGGCAUUCUGGCCCUAAAUGGGGCGAGACGGGGAGAGCGGGGCCAGCUGGGCCGAGAUGAGAAACAUGUGGAUAUGAAGGAGCUGGAGCAGCUGUUCCCCCCGGCCGGGGCAGCAGGGCAGCCAGACCCCAGACCCACAGAUCCUGCAGCCCCUGCCCCGUGUGAGGAGACCCAGCUCUCCAUGCUGCCACUUCAGGGGUGCGGCCUGAUGGAGGGGAAGACAGCGGAGGCCACGGCCCCCUGCGCAGGCCUGGCGGCUGCCCCACCACCCCCAGAUGGAGGCCCCGGCCUCCUCAGUGAAGGCCAGGCUGCCAGGCCUGCAGAGGCCCGGGUUACCCAGCCAGCUCACUCUGAACAGUAGCCAGUGUCUGGCAGGCUCCAGAGGGUGGCCGGAGAGGGGGCCCAUUCUCAGGUCAAAAGCAAGAUUUCUACUGUCAUGUGGGAUUUGGACGGUCCUGGGGGCUCCCCAGCAUUUCUGUCCUGACUGCCUCUUGGGUUGUCAAAACCCAAGGCAGCCUUGGCAGGGACCCCCACUCGCAACACCCAUCGGGAGCUGGAGCAGUUCCUGCAGGAGCCCGUUUCCUCCCUGGGCUGACGCCCCCUCACCUCUGCCUGGCACCCACGUGACUUGGAACUGAACUAACAUUUUUCUUUAAAAAGCAAAACUUAAAAUCAAAAAAAACAAAAGGGAGAGAGAGAGAGGAAGGUGAAUUAGACUCCAAAAGAUGACCCUGCUGUAGCUGGGCCCUGACACUGUCACCCUCCACCGACCUUGUUUUCUCAGGAUGGAUUUUUGCUGUUUUGGCUCUCAGCACCUACCUCAGCCGGAAUGAAUGUCCUGGGGGCAGUGGGGCAGUGGCCUCAGCCCCCUUACCCCACAGAGCCCGAAUGCACUCCUACCUCAAGCCCCCUUGAUGGGGACCCCCUCUCCCUUCCCACACUGUUGUCCAGAGUAAAAAAAAAAAAAAAAAAAAAAAAGCAUUUCCCCAUUUCCG